CGCGCGACUUUGCGUAUGCCAACAACGCGCCCGUAGUACUUCGCAUGGCCAGAGCUAACGUCAGCGAGAUAACUGCAAAGACCUUUGCCGAGUACGUUACACUGCACUGCAUCGCUUCCACUUGAGCUUUGUCUGCUUGUUUCCUGUUGGCGCAAAUGCCUGACGAAGCUAAGACCUUGUGGAAAAGGCUCCUCUCUGGCCCGACUAUCGACUUUUAUGUCGGUGAAGAGCGCCGGCAUUGGUCGCUGCACCGAAAUCUACUAUGUCACCACUCGCCCUACUUCGAGUCCGAGUUUCUUGACACCGCACCGCCGAAGGCUUCCAAAAGAUCGGAACUCGACCUACCUGACCAGGACCCUGCCGGGUUUGAGUUGCUUGUAAAAUGGCUAUACCAAGGGACGUUGGACGACACGUCUGAUAUGACGGAUGAGAAAAAGUACGACUACUCAGUCGCUUGCCACAAGCUAUAUCUGCUCUGCAACAAGUUCGACAUUCCCAACCUGAAGAACGAGUCUAUCGAUCGCUACAGACAAGGACUACUCGAAGCCCAACUUGUUCCAGACGCCGAUGAGAUCAACGACAUCUACCGCAGCUCUCCUACAGGCUCGCCUUUCCGAAAGCUCAUGGCUCAAAUUGCUGCUCGACAGAUCAUGGAUCCGGACAGUGAUAAGAAUGCAGAGAGCUACCGAAACUGCUUCAAAGACAAUCCAGAUUUUGCUGUCGACAUGGUCAAUGCCAUCAAGGAGGGUACUGGAGGUAUACUAUUCGACGACCCGACCGACGGUGAUGAGGACGCAUAUCACGAGGAUACCACUCCACGUCUGAACAGCAAAGGCAAAGGUCCUGCAUCCAUGUUGACGCCAACAUCUCCCAGACGACCAACAUCUCCCUCUGCAGCCUCAGGCGCCGAACGAAGACGAGACUCCGGACAGUCAUCAGAAAGAGAGUCUGGUCCCCCAACACCCCCAGACUCAGCUCGACGAAACAACGGAUACGGAGUCCGACGAUUCAACGGAACCAGCAGAACCAUUGCCAAGAGUCCGAUCACAGGAGAAAGAGUCGAACCUCACAACGUCAACGGAGACGCAGAGAGUCCCUCGCGAAAAAAGCCAAAGAAGCUUGUCAUACGUGGAGGCCCUCCGUCGCCGAAAAGAUAGAGGACAACUCGAUUCUCGUGGUCUUUGGGACUACUGGAACAACAUGGCCAUGGGUGUCAACUGAUGAUUCAACGAUCUACGUUUGUUUUCUGCUACUUGUCCUUUUUUUUUGCUACAUUCCUGCGAGAUACCCAGUUCCAGAAACAUCUAAUAGUUCUAUUUCUAUUUUAAUGCAGCUUAAUUUACCGUC